ACAUUAUACUAUCUAUGAGUUUGCUAUGAGCACUGACCACAUUGAAAACAUGAAAGAGUUAGUAACAUUAUUUUCAUCAAUGAAUUUGAAGCCUACAACAGUUGCAAUUGUAACUGUGAUUGUAACCGUGUUGACAUGGUGGAUUUGGAGUGCCCUGAAUUGGAUUUGGUUCACGCCAAAAAGGAUAGAGAAACGUCUCAAACAACAAGGUCUUAAAGGAAAUUCAUAUCGCCCUUUGGUUGGAGAUAUUAGAGAUAUGGUUAAAAUGAUUAAAGAAGCCAAAUCAAAACAUAUGGAUCCUUACUCUAAUGAUAUUGCUCCUCGUGUUUUGCCUUUUGUUGUUCACACUAUUGCUAAAUAUGGUAUGUCUUCAUUUUUUUUUAUAAUUGAUAAUUUUGUCGAUGAAUUAAAUCCUUAAAUAUAAUAUCCAGAUAAAAUCAAAGAAAUGACUACUAAGGUCUAUGAUUUUCAAAAACCCGAUACGAGUCCACUCUUCAAGCUUCUAGCAUCAGGGUUUGCAAAUUAUGAUGGAGACAAAUGGGCCAAACACAGAAAAAUCGUAAGCCCAGCAUUCAAUGUCGAGAAAAUGAAGAUGUUGAUACCAAUAUUUUGCAAAUCAUGCGAUGAUAUGAUAAACAAAUUGGAGAAAGUAGUAUCUUCAUCCAAUGGGUCAUGUGAGUUAGAUGUAUGGCCUUUCGUUCAAAAUGUUUCAAGUGAUGUGUUGGCUCGUGCGGGCUUUGGAAGUAGUUUUGAAGAAGGAAGAAGAGUAUUCGAACUUCAAAGAGAAAUGCUUACACUUACAAUGACACUUUUUAAGUUUGCUUUCAUUCCAGGUUACAGGUUCCUGCCAACCUAUACCAACAGGAGGAUGAAAGCAAUUGACAAAGAAAUAAGAACAUCACUCAUGAAAAUCAUAAACCGAAGACUAAAAGCAAUAAAAGCAGCGGAACCUACUAACAAUGACUUAUUAGGCAUACUUUUAGAAUCAAAUUAUAAGGAAUCUGAAAAAGCUAAUGGUGGUGGAGGAAUGAGUUUAAGGGAAGUAGUUGAAGAAGUUAAGCUAUUUUAUUUGGCUGGUCAAGAAGCUAAUGCUGAAUUGCUUGUUUGGACUUUGUUAUUACUAAGCAAGAAUCCUGAUUGGCAAACUAAGGCAAGAGAGGAAGCUUUUCAAGUGUUUGGUAAUGAUAAACCUGAUUAUGAAAAGAUAGGUCAACUUAAAAUUGUGUCAAUGAUUCUUCAAGAAAGUCUAAGGUUAUAUCCCCCAGUCAUUAUGCUAUCAAGAUAUCUUCGCAAAGACACAAAACUUGGAGACCUAACACUUCCUGCAGGAGUAGAGCUUAUUGUACCUGUAUCAAUGAUGCACCAAGAAAAAGAAUUUUGGGGUGAUGAUGCUGGAGAUUUCAAUCCAGAAAGAUUCUCUGAAGGAGUUUCAAAGGCAACAAAUGGCAAAGUUUGUUACUUGCCUUUUGGAUGGGGUCCUAGACUUUGUAUAGGACAAAACUUUGGUUUAUUAGAAGCUAAAAUAGCUGUGUCCAUGAUCCUAAGGAAUUUUUCUUUAGAGUUUUCUCCAUCUUAUUCUCAUGCUCCUUCCUUUAUUAUUACUCUUCAGCCAGAGCAUGGUGCACAUCUCAUUUUGCAUAAACUUUAGAGUGCAUAGUUUUGUUACUCGCAUUAGUUGUGUUGCCAAAAUAAAUUAGGUUUCUUAAUUUGAAAACUCUUGGUUUUUUAUUAUGUCGUUUGUCAUGUUUUUGUUACUUCAGCUAGUAUGUUGUAGAGAUAAUAAUGAAUUUGUACCCCUACAUUAAUUACUUUAUAUUUUAUUCAUUUCCUCUUUAGUUUAUGAA